UCUCUGAUGACACGGGCGCCUUGGGCACAAGGCUUCGGUGUGGACCGAAUUGGGGUCUGCUGGCCCAGGAAGACCCCGGCGGGGCCUGGUGAUCUCCAUCCUUCCCGGUUUUGUCCGGCUGUGGUGAAGGGGCGUGAGCCUCAAGAGCUGUAUUUCUCAAAGUGGAGUCGGACUUUUGUGAAUCAGACCCUGCUGUGGCCCGAGUCUGCCUUUUCAGCAGACAUCCUCGACGGUUUGGUGCAGAUGGUCGUGCGGGAACCCUGCCUUCACACAACAGAGGCCUCUGGGGGUGCAUCGAGGAGUGCCAUCACAGGGCCUGGCCUUGGGCUGCAGUCCCCAGAUGGCAGCUGAUAGUCAGUGAAGGGCCUAAGUCAGGAGCCCUGGAGGUGGAGCUUGUGUUAAAGGGAUGGUCUGUGGGAGCAUCCAUGAGAACCUGAUGCUGGUCCCUCAGGUUCAUCUGGCUACUCUGGUAGUGACUGGCUCCACUACUUAUUAACAGAGGUCUGGGACUGUGAUUGUUUCGAAGUUUCUGAACGCUUAAGGUAGAACUGUCGGUGUCCAAGGAAGUGAUGGCAGGCCGUGAAGCAGAAGAAGUGCUAGACAUCCUUCGGCUGAAUGUGGGCGGCUGCAUCUACACAGCCCGUCGGGAGUCUUUGUGCCGCUUUAAGGACUCUAUGCUGGCAUCUAUGUUUAGUGGUCGUUUCCCUCUAAAAACAGAUGAAUCUGGGGCGUGUAUUAUUGACCGUGAUGGACAUCUGUUCAAAUACAUUUUGGACUACCUCCAUGGGGAGGUUCAGACCCCCUCGGAUGAGCAGACUCGAGCCGCCCUACAGGAAGAGGCUGACUACUUUGGCAUCCCUUACCCGUACAGCCUGUCUGACCACUUGGCCAAUGAGAUGGAAACAUAUUCUUUAAGGCUUUAACAGACUUCUGUGAUUCCUACGGCUUAGUCUGCAAUAAACCAACAGUUUGGGUCCUCCACUAUCUUAACACAUCUGGGGCAAGCUGCGAGAGCAGAAUUCUUGGUGUCUAUGCUACAAAGACUGAUGGGACAGAUGCCAUUGACAAGCAGCUGGGAGGAAGGAUUCAUAGUAAAAGCAUUUUCAAAAGAGAGGCGGGGAAUAAUGUUCAGUACAUUUGGAGCUAUUACUCAGUAGCCGAGUUGAAGAAAAUGAUGGAUGCCUUUGAUGCUUGGGAAGGAAAAGGAGUAAGCUACUGGCGUGUGCCUCAUGAGCUGAUAGAGUGCUGGACUUUGGAAGAACGGCCUUUACAUGGAAGCCUGCGUCAUAUGGCCCCAAUUCGAAAGAGGCGGCUGAUAGCCCUCAGGGAAGAGGAUGAAAGUGUGAACUGUAAGACUGGUCCUAAGCCAGUCAGAUUUUUGGGCCCUUCUACAAGUACCCAAAUUAAAGUCAAGAACUCUGCUUCAGUGAGGGUGUCACCUUCCAAUGCUGUCCAGAUCUUCUCUCAGGCUACGGCAAACCGCUCUCAAAGAGGCAGCUGUGGAAAGGCAACCCAGUACUCUGUGGCCACAGGGACAUCUGGACAUGCUCCUGCUUCCCCUGAUGGCCAGAGUGCUGAAAACCAAGCCACACAGCCCCCUCCAGCCAAGGUGCUCCUCUCUGACAAGAAGUCUCCACCCCAUCGAGUGAUCAAGCUGAGGAGGACUCCACUGUGUGGGGGACCUUCCCUGCCAACUCCCUCAGCAGGGAGCCAGGCCAGCUUCACCCAGCUGCCCUCUCCAGAAGCUUCCAGCACUUUGGGUGUGCAGACUGAGAACAGGAAAGACCAGCCUGAUGGAUAAAGUGGGCUUGAAACUGCCUGUUUGUCCCAAAGGUUCCAGCAUGCUGAUUCAAACAGUGUUGUUGAAAGGGAAGAUCUAAACGUGGAUGUUUAAGAUUAUUACAGGAAAAGUGAAUGUUGUGACAUGGGAGUAGAGGAGGGAGACUUUACUGUUAGGGUUAUUAUUUACUUUGCAUUUUCCUAAGGUUGUCUAUGUGCAGUUUGAAUUCUGGUUUUUAAUUUUAAGAUUUAUUUAAAUGGUUAACUGACAUCAAGGCAACCAAGCAGUAAGAAGUCUCCCGUUUUUGCAGUAGUCUUCAGUGUUAGUUUUACAGUCUAAUGGUAGGAGUGAGGUCUGGGCCUAGGUUUCUGUCAGAUGGAGAGGGGUACCUGUGCUGGCCACACUGUAUAGCGGGCAGGAGAAGUCUCAACAGGGAGCAUGAAUCCACUAGCUGCCUGUAGUUGCUUAUUUUCCAAAGACAACGUGAAAAGAAGUGAUGGGGGAAGGGAAAGAAUGUAGUUAAAGCUCAGAUGGUGCUCUCACUUGAUCGGGCCAUUUUGUUUUCUAGAUUGGCUCUUGACUGUGUUCUGUUAGCAGCUGUGUCUUUUUGUGCACCACGGGGAAAUGCAUGCGGGAGGAGCUGUGGAACGGGUUUGGAACGGUUAAAAUACGGUAGUUGACUUUGGUGAGGUUUUGAAAAAGAGAAGUUAAACAAGUUUAACUUUUUAACUCAAGUUAGUUUGUUCUAGAAGUGACCAUUGAAGAGUCCUUCUGGUUAUACACUAUGCUUCAUGCAUACAAUUUCCAUAUAACUUGAAUUUAGUAUUUUUAAACAAAAUCUUUUGAUUAAUCUAUUUUUUCAUGACCAUUGAGUUAUGUGUGCUUUCUCUUACAUAUUAUGUUUGGUAAUUACAUUGUACAUUUCUACUUCCCAUGAGCCCUGUGCUUCAGUGUUUCUAGAAGCAGGUUCAUAGAGCAGGGUGUUCCUUACUCAGAUGCUGGGCAUGGCACUGCGUCACUUUGAAAAGUGAGGCAAGUAUACUCAUGAUGGUUCUUUUUAAAUAAAUAAAACAUUUCCACAAAAA